ACCGCCGCCAUUUGUCAUUUUUUUGGCAUGCGCGUACGGGGAUGCUACGAAAAUCGUGCUCUUGAGUGUUUUCUUACAAUACCGAGUUUUAAACUUUGUUUGUGAAUCGUGAAAAACCGUGUUGCUCUGUGAAAUACCAGUGCUAUAUUAUAUUAAGUGUGUUUUUGUGUUAAAAACAUUCAUCAUGAAUAAAACUUGCGCAAGGUGUGAGAAAACAGUUUAUCCGACUGAGGAAUUGAAAUGUUUGGACAAGGUAUGGCACAAAGGCUGCUUCAAAUGUCAAGAAUGUGGCAUGACUCUCAACAUGAGGACCUACAAAGGAUAUGGAAAGCUACCAUAUUGCGAAGCACAUGUUCCGAAAGCGAAGCACACGACGAUGGCUGAAACGCCGGAGCUGAAGCGAAUAGCCGAGAACACGAAGAUACAGAGCAACGUUAAGUACCACGCCGACUUUGAGAAGAGCAAGGGGAAAUUCACACAGGUCGCAGACGACCCAGAAACCCUACGAAUUAAAGCGAACACAAAAAUAAUCAGCAACGUGGCGUACCACGGCGAGCUGGAGAAGAAGGCUCAGAUGGAGAAGCAGCGGCAGAUCAAUGAGAACGGUGAGAUUGUCGACGUACCAUCGGACAACUAUCAUCAACAAAUCGACAACUACGCGACGGAAAUGCUGCCUCCAAACUCACCCCCACCUAACCUACCCCCUAAAAACCACUAUCAGAUCCCGUCUACCCAAUACCAGCCCCCUGUCCAACCCACCCAGACCCAGCCGAAGCAAAACAGGCAAUAUCAAGAACAAUAUCCGGACUAUCAGAGUCAAUACUAUCCUCAAUAUCAAGAAUAUCAAUAUCAGAAUUAUCCGCCGCCUCCGCAGCAACAGAGUCAACAACAGAAAAUAGGGAGGAUUCAGGACUAUGACCCCAUCAGUGAUGGGCCCAGGGCCCCACCGAACACGCAGAGGGCCUCCGCUACACUUAUCUAUAAUAGCACAAACGAUGGCAAACGAGGUGCUCACCAGCAAUCAGGGCACCAGCAGCAACAGACGCGCCAGAUCGGCCGCGUGACGGACCUCGAUCCACUCGCCAAUGAAAUGCCACGCCCGCCUACUAAUCAUCACAAUCAGCGAGUGUACGUUGCUAUGUACGACUACGAAGCGAGCGACAGUGAUGAGGUAUCAUUCCGCGAAGGCGACCUAAUCUCGAACGUAACAUCAAUCGACUCCGGCUGGAUGACCGGCCAGGUUCUACGUACGGGCCGGACCGGCAUGCUCCCAGCUAACUACGUAGAACUAGCGACCCACAACGCUGCACCCCAUUUCGACAACUGAUGUCGGGACUAAAGACCCCCAAUGGCAAUGUAAUUGUUUUGUUGUAUGUGGUUGGUAUGAAAAGUGUUUUAUACUUUCAUAUGUAUUUUCAUAUUAUGUCCUCUGUAAUUCCAGCAAAAUGUAUGCAAAAUUUCAAGAAGGUUGACCCUUGUGAUGCUUGUGUUCUUGAGAUUAUUAUGUCAAAAUCUCAUAAAAAGUUAACAUUCCAAUUUUUGUACACAAUCACAUUCUACAAAAUAAUUGAAUGCCGUCAUCCCAUAUCAGUUUAAAACUUGCAAUUCUAUUGUUAAGUCAUUUUAACUAAUUAAAAUAAAAAACCAAUCAAAUAUUAUGCAAUCGUGCCCUUAGUAUAGAUACACGAAUUUGUCACCUUUUAAAAACAUUUAUAAUGUAAAAAUUGCAAUGUUUUUGUACUUUUACGCAUUUUGUACUAAAAUUUUAACUUAUUUAAUGUGAACUUUUGAUGGUACUAAUUAAAAUUUGCACUCAGUCUUAUUGUUAUUACAUGGUACUCAUAACAUAACCGGUUAAAAUGGGUGUUACAUUGUAUUUGUGCAUCUCUGCCUAUUCCCUUAGGCAAUAAUUGUAUACUGCCAGUUAAAUGGCUUCAAAACGGCACAUUUUAGGAUUAAAAAAAUAUUUUAACAUGGUUAAACGUCUCGAUAUAUUUUUUAUAUAAAUAAUAUUUAAAUAUGUAUGUAGUCUUAUCGCCUACAAUAGUUAUAGAUUUUAUAACAUUUUAAAUUAUGGCUGGACCAGAUAUUUUGCGAAAAAUUCGAUGUCUUAUGAUUUUUUUAUGAAAACGUUUAAAAAUUGCCACGUAGCGUUGUUUUCUUAUGUAUAUUUUUAUGAAUAUACAUUAAAACAUUUUUUGGGAGUAAUGACCCCAUAAAAUAUGAUUUCACAUAUCUUCAAACUGUUAUGACUGAGUUUAAUGAAAUAAAGAAAUAAAAAGCCUUAAAAUAUGACUGCUGUACAGAGGCCUUAAGUUUUAAUUAAAAUAGAAAUAACUAUAAAUUUUGAUAUUAAAGUAUCUUAUGAACAUUCUCUCGUGUCAGUAAUUUCCGAAUCUUGUAUUAUUUUUUAUGAAAUAUAGUUUAUUUUAAGUAAAGUACGCUUUUAUGAAUAUUUCCAACACAAUUUUUGUCCAACGUAGUUUGAGUCGACACUGAGUCUUAAUCAAAUUCUGUAUGUCACUAUUUUACAUGGAGCGACUGUCAUCUUCAGAACGGACAUUUUAAAAAUAUUUUCGAGUAGAAUCUUAGUAUGUUGUUAUACUAUUUUAAUUUAUUUAUGUGAUGUUUUUAACUCAAAAUUUUAGCAAAACGAUCAAAACCAACAUUGAGAUUGUAAGCAUUUUAUUGUCAUUCCAUUUUAUACAAAUAAAGCUUUAUUUCUUAUAUUUUUGCUAUUUUAUAUUUUAUUAAUAAUAUUUAUUUUAUCUAUAGUCCACUUACAAGAUUUUGACACUUAGCAGUCUUUAUGACCCCUUUCGCCAAUUGGGGCGUUUAGAUCAGAGCUUAGAAACGGGGUCUAAAUCCCUCAGACGAUAUCUUUUGACCCCCAAUGGAUAUUUUAGUAGGGAAACACUCGGCAUUGCUUUUUAAGUAUUUAUAUUUUAUCAUAUAAGAAUGUUUCCGACAUAUUUCCAUAUUCCCAAGAAAACUAUCUUUCAGUUAAAAAAAAACAAUAUUUUGCCGUCACCAAGAAAUAUGUCCGAUACAUAGAAAAAAACUAUGAAUUACUGUUAUAAUAUGCUUAGAAUUAACAUUUUAAGUACCUGUCAUAAGGUCGCUUGUAAAUACACAUUUUUAGUAUAACAUUAUAUUGUUAUUUUAAGUAUACAUAUUACACGACAUGUAAACAUUUUGCAUAAUACUUUGGCACUGAUCAAGACUAGUUUAACAUUCCAUGUAUCACUGACAAUAAUUUCUGAUAGUAUAGGAAUCUUAUUUUUAAAUAGAUAGGUAUCCAAACAAUAUUUGAGACUGGGGUCAUGUCUAAAGGGGCUUUUUGGGGUCAAAAUGCCCCAAAGGUGAAUUAUAUUGCCUAAUCGAACUGUAUAUUUAAAUAUAUCUUAAGUAAUAGAAGCAAUAAAGCAUUGUUACAAUAACUGUUAUGCCUAAACCAUCACAAACGAACGCUAUAUAUUUUAUAGGACCAGUAUUAAGUUACAGUGCCUUUUGUAAUAUUUAAUAAAUUUUAUAAGCAAC